CUGCCGUUAAUUAGCAAAGGUCUGGCAGGGAUGUCACGCAGCGUCACUGUGGCUGUGGCGUACAUAAUGUCGGUAACUCCGCUGACUUGGCGUGAGGCAUUGAAAGUUGUGAGAGCGGGUCGGGCCGUCGCCAACCCUAAUCUCGGAUUUCAGAGGCAACUGCAAGACUUUGAGACUUAUAAGCUUGUGGAAGAGAGGAGACGUUUGAAAGAACGCUAUCCAUCAUUGGCGUUAGCUGACAGUGACCUCUCUGAGUGUAGAGUGAUGCUUGACUCGUAUCAAACGAUGCUUAACCAACGAACUAUAUGUGAGGGCAAGUGCUCCAUGGGACGGCAGUGUCCCACCGGCGUCUGCAGAACUGGUUCUAAAAGACAGCCAAGACCUAGAAGACCGUCUACUACAAACGAGGAACCGUCCGGAAUAAAAAGAUCGCCAUCAACUCUGUCCACAACAUCCACCGCAUCUGGUUACAGGCCAAGAUCUUCACCGGCCGGACUUUAUAGUUAUACUGGAGUUCCGUCCCGCCCUGUUCGUUCGUCAUCCGGUCUCUCUAUGACUCGUGUGUGUGACCUGGGCGGCUCAGCGGUGGCUGUGGGCGGCAGUGAGUACUCCCGAAGACGAGCAGCCUCAGCACCUUCGACCCCAGCUGCCUCUCCGCCCGCCUCACCUCACAGAACACCUCAUAGCGGCGGUUGUGCAUGGAUCAUACCCUCAGUCACGUGCGCUACAACGUUGCUCGUAGCAAACGUCUACGAGGCUACGUCCUCUACGCUGAUGCUACGUCCUCACUCCCCUUGUAUUGUGUUCAUUUAG